AAAUAGAACCAAGAGGACAUUAUAUACAGCUAUAGAAUUAAUGUUGGAAGAAUAGCUUGUGAUUAUCCACCUCCAGAGAAGGAACUGAUAAAUAGAAACACAAAAGACAUAAUUUAUAUAUAUAAAAUUGUAUAUAUUUUUGCAAGCGACUCCUCUAGUGUGGGAAGGGGCAGAGGGAAUUUGGACAUAACUAAUAAACAAAUCAGUUGAAAAAAAUGUUUUUAAUUCUAAUUGUAAGUUGUAGAGAAGGUGCAGCCCUGCACGAGGGGGCAUUUUCUCACCUGGACAUGCCUUCUACUAAUCAAAUCCUCAGCGAGGUCUCUAUCCCGGGUAGCACCAUGCUCUGGACUUCUGGGCUCUUCUCUUCUUCCCUAGGUCUUCUGGGAAGACGGAAUCAUCUCAGGUUAUCGCCGUCCCACCAGCUCUGCCCUGGACUGUGUGCUCAGCUCCUUCCAGAUGACAAAUGAGACUGUCAACAUCUGGACUCACUUCCUCCCCACCUGGUAUUUCCUGUGGCGGUUCUUGGCCCUGGCGGAGGGUCCCGGCUUCUGGUCAGAGCCGUACCACUGGCCGCUGCUCGUCUUUCUGCUGCUCAUCUGCCUGUACCCAUUCACGUCCUGCUGUGCCCAUACCUUCAGCUCCAUGUCACCGCGCGCCCGCCACAUCUGCUACUUCUUGGACUACGGCAGCCUCAGCCUGUACAGCCUGGCCUGUGCCCUCACCUAUGGAGCCUAUGCCAUGCCUUCCUCCUGGCUCAACAGCCACCUGCAUCAGCUGUUCGUGCCCGCAGCCGCCGUCAACUCUUUUCUCUGCACCUGCCUUUCGUGUUACUCGAGGUUUCUAGAACUGGAGAACCCGCGGCUCAGCAAGGUCUUACGCACAGUGGCCUUCGCUUACCCUUUCUUCUUCGACAACCUCCCACUUUUUUAUCGGCUCCUGCUGUGUUCCCGAGGGAGCUUCAGCUGUGGGCAGGAAGCUCUGAGCGUCAACCACAGCUACCACCUGCUCUGUGCCCUGCUCACCGGUUUCCUCUUCGCUUCCCACUUCCCCGAAUGUCUGGCCCCCGGCCGCUUCGAUUAUAUCGGUGAGGGGAUGGCUCGUUCUGGGAGAGAGUGGGAGACCCUCCUGGGCUCCUGGAGAGAAAUAAAGGGGACACAGCAGGAGGAACUCCCCCAA